GCUGCUAGACCGUUCGCGACUCUUGCACAGUGCAGACCUACGGUGUAUCUACUCGACUUUGAUCGUUGAUUUUUCACUUCGACGCUUCCUCUCCAGAAACUAAUCGAAGAUGCCGGUCGAUCUGUACCAAGUUCCCGGAAGCGCCCCUUGCAGGGCCGUCCGACUGGUCGCCGCUGCCCUCGGCGUCGAGCUCAACCUCAAGCACACCGACCUCAUGGCCAAGGAGCACCUCAAGCCCGAAUUCAUCAAGAUGAACCCACAGCACUCCGUGCCCACCAUCGACGACAAUGGAUUCUACCUGUGGGAGAGCCGAGCCAUCUGCCAGUACUUGGCCGAUAAGUACGGAAAGAACGACUCGCUCUACCCCAAGGACCCGAAGCAGCGCGCCGUCGUCAACCAGCGACUGUACUUCGACUUGGGCCUGUACCAAUCGUUCGCCGACUACUUCUACCCUCAAAUCUUCGGUGGAGCACCAGCCGACUCGGACAAGCUCCAGAAGAUCCACGACAACCUGAAAUUCCUCGAGACCUUCCUCGACGGCCAGAAAUACCUGGCUGGCAACAACCUGACCAUCGCCGACCUGCUCACCGCCACCACUUACUCAAACUUCCCGUUUACUGACGUCGACGUCAGCAAGUACAAGAACACUGCCAAAUGGUUCGACAGGGUUAAGGCUGAGGCGCCGAAAUACGAGCAGACCAACGGAGAAGGUCUCAAGGCUUUCAAGGCUCUCAUCGAGCAGCUCAAGAAGAAGUAGAUCGCCUGCCAGUCAACGCUAAUACUCUCGAUUAUUUAUAAAUUAUUAAAAGGCACCCGUACUACUUCAUGUGAUAUACUUUCAUUCCUAGAGUAUGUGUCCAUUAAUUAUCGUGUUAUGUCGUAGUUCGAAAUUUUUGCACUAUUUGAAUGAAUAAAAACUUUUGAAACGUU